AGUUACUGAUAUAAACAGCUGGAGGUAUUGAAGUGCAGAGCUUAGAUACAGGCAGAGCACUGAGGGGGUACUCAGGAGGAUUACAGCUCUGUGUACUGAAAUCUGGGAGACAGAAGAAGGAUUAGUGGGGAAAGGGCAAAGAGAGCAGGAUUUAUCAGCUUUUCAAAUAUGCAUUACAGCUUUUUCUAAUAUUUCACUGGAUUGUCUAAGACUCUGCCUCAUAAUAAUAGGAGUUCCUUGACCAUAAAAGAAAGGUUUCCUCUCCUUCUGGAAUUUGAUGUUAUGAAGUGGAACUGGCCACAGUCAUGGAACUGUUCAUAAGUUCAGAUCAGCUGCCCAGAAACCCCACAGUUCUAUGGAUAUAAAGCAUGAUGCCAUUGUAGUUGCUGUUGCUACUGAAAAAGACAAUUUUUAUGGGGGAGGACACAUUAAAGUGAUGGGAUGAACUUAUGGGAGGAACUAAUACAAUUUCAAACGGUGAUUCAGGGGCCGUUCUAAAGGCGUAAAGGGCCCAGUUUCAGUAAGGGUAUGGCCAAACCUUUUUUCAGACUACAGAAAUUUCUUCGGCGGACCCAGUUUCUGCUCUUCUUUCUCACAGCAGCUUACCUAAUGGCUGGCAGUCUUCUCCUAUUACAGCGAUCCCGCUUGGUUAUCCAGCAAGGCACACAUGGGACCUCGAAUAUUCAGGUCUCACCGGUUUCAGAUAUGGUGAUAGGAGUUGGAAUCCUAGAUACCAGAGCAAUGCAAAACCCUCGUUUGAAUUCUAAGCUUCUGGUGGACAUGGAUGUGCUCCAUGAUCCAACAUCAGAUCAGAGGUAUGGGCCACGGUGGCUAAGGUCCCGGAACUCAGAACUGAGACAGUUAAGAAGAAGAUGGUUUCACAGGUUCAUUAAUGAACAAGAACCCAUGCAAGCAAUGGGAUCUAAGGUGAUGCAACAUACAGGUGAAAACAAAGGCACUUACGUUGGAUGCUUCAGUGAUGAUUCCAGGGAGAAGACAUUGAAGGGAGCCGUGUUUUAUGACUUAAGAAAAAUGACAGUAUCUCAUUGUCAAGAAGCUUGUGCUGAGAGGGCUUAUACCUACGCUGGCUUAGAGUAUGGUGCAGAAUGUUACUGUGGGAACAAGCUCCCAGUAACUAUUGCAAAGCAAGAAGAGUGCAACAAUGAAUGUAAAGGAGAGAAAGGUUCCAUCUGUGGUGGGGUGAAUAGGCUGUCUGUCUACAGGGUGGAGGAACUGCAGGCAGGGGCCAAACGACGGAGGAAUGUUAUCUAUCGAGGAUGUUUUAGAGCUCCAGAAAAUUUAACAGUCACCUUUCCAGCCUCUUUGAUACAGUCCAAUUUGACGGUGGAGAUGUGCUCUGAAUUUUGCUCCAAGAAAGAAUUUCCCUUGGCAGUCAUCGGAGGGCCAGAAUGCUACUGUGGCUAUCCCACAAUGCAUUUCACUCUUCACGACAGCAUGGACAGGUUGUUCUGCAGCAGACUGCAGAAUGUCAGUAGUAUGGCUGAGGUGCCAAGAGAAGAGAAUUACUAUCAUGUCUAUCAGACUCCAGUACAAGACACCCGAUGCACAGAUAGGAAAUUCCUCACUACCAAAUCCAAAGUGUUUGUUGCUUUGUCUAGUUUUCCUGGGGCCGGGAAUACCUGGGCUCGUCAUUUAAUAGAGCAUGCCACUGGCUACUACACUGGAAGCUAUUACUUUGAUGGAACCCUGUACAACAAAGGUUUUAAAGGAGAAAAAGACCACUGGAGAAGCAGGAGGACUAUCUGUGUGAAAACACAUGAAAGUGGCAAGAGAGAGAUUGAAAUGUUUGACUCCGCCAUCUUGUUGAUAAGGAACCCAUAUAAAUCUCUAAUGGCAGAAUUCAACAGGAAGUGUGCUGGCCACCUGGGAUAUGCAACAGAGAGGAACUGGAAGAGUAAAGAAUGGCCAGACUUUGUCAACAGCUAUGCCUCAUGGUGGGCCUCUCACGUCUUAGACUGGUUAAGAUAUGGAAAACAUCUUUUCGUUAUUCACUAUGAAGACUUAAAACAGAAUCUCAUCCCCAACCUGAAAGAAAUGGUGGAAUUCCUAAACAUGACGGUGACAGAGGACCGACUGCUCUGUGUCGAAAACAACAGAGAUGGGAAUUUCAAGCGGUCAGGUGCUAGGCAGAAGGAUUUUGAGCCAUUUACCCAGGAAAUGAAAGAUCUUAUCAACAGCUACAUUCUGACAGUGGAUGAAGCCCUGAAAAGAAGAAACCUGACAGGGCUGCCAAGAGAGUAUGUUCCAAGAUGAUAUCCCAGUUGCUGUGUUUUUAAAAUAAAAUAAAAUAAAUAAAUACAAGACCAGAGCUUUAUAGCAGCAAAAGCAAAGAUGUUCUUGGAGUCUGCUGAGGAAUGCAAAUUCUCUCCACUCUUGGAUGUUCUUCAGGGGCAUUAAGUGCUUCAAAAGGCAAGCAAUGAAGGAUGGAAAUUGGUUUAUAAACCAAGGAAAAAGCUAUUAGUGUCCGCCUAUGUAUGUCCUUCCCUAUAUAAAUGGCUACAAAUUUAACAGUUGUGCACUGCUAAUUCUGGAAAAGGAUUCCUUCUUCUCAUCCUUACUGUCUACUAGCAAUAACUGUCAAGAAUAACUUGAGAUUUUGCAGUGCUUGAUUUGGAAAUUCAUCAUACAUGUGUAUGAACCCUCAAAGCUGAUCAAUAUUUUCAUUCAAGCUUUUAAGAAAGUUAGUUGCUUUCUUUUUAAAUUCCCUCCCCCCUCUCUCUCCUAAAUUCUCUGGUUGCCCUCCACUCAUCCCAACAUCCUCACAUUAGACUUUUGUUGGUAUGCAAGGGAGAAAUAGAAAUAUACCUGCAGUGAACACUUCCACAGAGAUAUGAACAGUCAGACAAACCUUGUCUAAGGCUCACCUUAAAAACCUAAGCUUGGACUGGUCCACUGACUUGUCAGAAACUUUAUUGUUGCAUGGUAGAUCUGAUUCAAGACUGACCUUUGGGCUGGAAUCAAGGAGCGUGGUGGGUCUCCCUUGCUGGUAGGAUAUAUAGCCCCAUACAGAAGGGGCCUGAGCAGGGGAAAGAAGGAAUUCCCAACAGGAGAAAAUGGCGAUUCACAAUAAAGGGAUGGGCAAAAGCUCCAUGAUAUCAUCCCACUCAAACCAGCCCCAAAUUCAGAGGCAUACUUCAGGCUUUGUAAAGGUCCCAUUGUAUAUUAUAUUCUUGCUGGGUUGGGGAAGAGUGAAGAGAUCAAGAGAAGAACAAAGCAUUUCAUUUCUAUUACAAGUGACGCUCAAUGCCUGAGUGGGAACCCUUUGUCCUUAAGUUUAUGGUCUCUACAAUGAGUCCUGCCCUUGGGCGUGGUGUGCCAUUUGGGUCCAAACAACAGCUUAGCUGUGUAUAGUGCUGAAGACUUUUCUAUUGCAAGGAUAGUGGCUAUAGUCAAGUGAUUAAAACUAGUGAGUUGGAGGAUUGGGGAAGGUGACAGAGGGAGCCAUGGGAGAACAGAAGCUCUAUGGGUGAGCGGUGCUGGUGGUAGACUGGGUGAGUGAAGAGGACCAUGCAGUGUGAGGUCACAUAGCAUGCUUGCUGGCCUCUUAGCAGACAAAAAAAAUUCAUAUCUGGGUAGAUUCGCCCCUUCCAGAUGUCUAAGC